GUCCUGGACCCUUAUCCACGAAAACUUAACUGAGAUAAAAUCCAAAUUUUAGUAAUUUGAUUGGAUAAUAUUAGAUUGAUUUUAGUGCUUAGCCAAUCAAAAUUGAGGUAUCUACUAAACUUUGGAUUUUAUCUUAAAAGUUAAAAAUUCGUGAAUCAGGGCCCAGCAAUGAGCAGAUUUAGCUCUUGCAUAAUGUAUGUUUAAAAUUUACUUCUUUUAUCUUUUUAAUAUAUAAAUGAAUUUCUUUAGCCUAGGUAAACCCUUACCCUUUUCAAAUAAAGUUAUUAUUAUUUAUUAUAUAUGAGCCAACAAGGCAAUAUCACUAAUUGUGGAAGAAGAAUAAAAUAACAACCAGAACCAACAAGCAAUCAUUUCAAACUCUGUGAUAUCACUGCACCAUAGUUGGAAGCAGACACAAAUCCUUAGUAGGAGUAAUUUCAAAGUGAUUAGCUGUGAGUUGUUCAAGGGUAAUAUAAUACCGGUAAUGUAUAUUUUUACUGCUCAUAAAGUGAAAUGGAAACAGAAAUUGGGUUUGAACUUGUCAUAUGAUGACAUAUUCACCUUCUCCAGAAUAUUCCCUAAAGAGCCACAGCCACAGUACGAAAUAUUACAAAUAUUCCACAAAAAAUAACCGCAAAAUAACUUGGUAAUACAAGUCUAGUAAAAUGUGGGACUAGUUAAUGCAAAGUUUGCGUUUGAAGAAAAUAUCUGAAUCAUUCAGUUACAUAAUUAUCAGCCAUCAAUUGGUCUUAAAUCUACAUGACGUCUGUAAUAUGAUUUAUCUUUUAAAUCUAGUGAUACUAAAUUCUAAACUAAGAAAAAUAUAAAUUAAUGAUAAUUCAAUAUCCAUCUAUUUGUGAUUCUUUGCAGUCCAAAAAAUGGAGUGUGCUGUUGUUGGCACUUGGCCAUUUUCAAUAGAAGCUGUGCAAGUAGCUUCCGAUCUUGUAAAACUAAAUAUGGAUGAAAAUGAUCGGAAAGGAUGCAUAAGUAUAGAUGCUGUUGAAAAAGGAAUAAACGCAAUAGAAGGAAAUGUAAAGUAUGGAGAGUAUUUUGUUGGUUGUGGUGGAGUGAGAAAUAAACAGGGUUAUCUGGAACUAGAUGCUGCUAUUAUGAAUGGUAAAUCUUUAGAAUUUGGUGCUGUCACAGCCAUACAAGGAAUACAACAUCCUAUAUCAGUGGCUAGAAGGGUUAUGGAAGCUUCUCCACAUAGUAUGUUGACAGGAUCUGGAGCCCAGACAUUUGCUGUACAACACGGCUUUCAAGUACAUGAAGAACUGAUGGAGAAAAAAGAUGGAAAUCCCCAAUCAACUGGCCAUGAUACCUUGGGACUAAUAUGUUCAACAAAGAAUGAUAUAACAGUUGGUGUAUCAACUAGUGGUAUGGGAGGUAAAGAAGCGGGUAGAGUUGGUGAUAGUGCUUUACCAGGUUCCGGAUUAUAUACAGAUAUUGAAAGUGGGGCAGCAUGCUGUUCUGGUGAUGGUGAUGUGAUAAUGAAACAUUGUCCAGCUUUUCGUGUUGUUCAUUAUAUGAAACAGGGAGAUACAGUUCAUGAAGCUUGUGAUAAAGUAAUCCGUGAAAUCAGUAGACGUUCACAGAUUAAGUUUGAUUUAGUUAUAAUAGCUGUUGAUACACAGGGUAAUAUUGGUGCUGGUUCUACUUUAUCUGUAUGGCAGGAUCCAAAUACAAAAGAAGAGAUUCAUGGUUUUCCCUAUGUAGUGUGGGUGGAAGGAAUGUCGGAACCAGAAAUAAGAAUUCAGAAAUGUCUAAAUUCUCUUAAAGUCUAGUUUUAAAAAGAAUCAUAGUUCAUUUCAUACUGUUAUAUCUUUGUGAAGACUCCCAUUAUUGCACCCUAUAGCUAAAAGGGAUUGUGUACAGGUAUUUUACAGCACAUUCACUACAAAUAAAAUGUCUUAUUUUAAGGACACGAGGAUGUAGUUUGCUCUUAUGUUGUAUCCUUCCAAUGAAAAAAAGAAAAGAAGACACUUUGUUUUUUUGUAAAUAUUCAAUUUAUUCACUUUAUAAAAAAAUAUAAUUUUGGUAUUUUUAAUUUUGUUAGCAAUAUUACAAACUUGUUUAUACCCCGAUUCCCCAGUUGUACGUGAAAAGGAGUAGGGUCGCCUGUCCAACCUCGUUGGUUUUCUCCAGGUCCUCCGGUUUCCUCCCACUGCUAAAGACCCCUGUUGAAAUGUUAGUCCCGAAAUGACCUAGUUUGUGUCGAGUGGACGUUAAACCCAAUUUCUCUGCUCUCUGUUUAUACCCAAUUCUGAUAGUUAACAAUACUGUUAUACAUUUAUAUAAACUUCCAAGAUAAAUCUAAUUUUUAUAACAGAACAAAUGAUGGAUUGUGUUGCAGUUAAAUUAGUAGAAUUAUACAACAGAUACUUAAUCAAUUCUUUACAUAACAAGUCUUUAAGGGUUAUUUCAAAAAUUUGGUGAUCUUGAGAUAUUAGUAAUUUACCCUGUAAAUUUGUUUCAAAGUAUUACACCUUUCAAGAGUUAUUGUCAAAAACAAAUAAUUGGUGUAGAUCUUAUAAUAAUUACACCAGUACCAUUUGAAAAUAAAUAUUGCUAGCAUAAUUGGGUUAUAUGCCUUUAAAUCUAGGUUAUAUGUGUUUAAAUCUAUGUUAUAUUAUGUCUUUAAGUUGGUGAAUACAGAUAUGUACAGGAUAUAUUAAUGUUUGUGAAAUAUAAAUGAUAAUACAGUAUUAUAUGAAUAUGUAUGUUUUGUACAUAUUCUAAAUAUUUUUGUUUUACUCCUUUCUAUUCAUUUUAUGUUUUCAAUAAUUGCAUUUAUUGAAAGACAAAUAUCACAUGGAUUAAAAUCAGAUUUCAA